GGAAGGAUUGGUACUUGGUGCACUUGUCACUUACUGUGACAGACGUGAAUGACAACGUCCCAGAAUGGGCCAUGGAGCCCUUCCCGUUCCUGGCUGUGGUUUCCCCUGAAGCUGCAGAAGGUACUGAAGUGUACAAGCUGUUUGCAGUGGAUGCAGAUGAAGGGAUCCAUGGAACUGUAGAAUAUUUUCUCUUGGAAGGUGGUGAAGACAGAUUUGAAGUUGAGAAGGACACUGGCUGGAUUAAAACAACAGGUUGGCCAUUGGUGAGGGACAAGGAGUACUUGCUGACUGUCGUGGCAGCAGAUAAACUUGGAAGCAGAGGGUCUCCAGCCUCGGUUUCUGUGCUUGCUGGGUUCCGACCACCACAGUUCACCAACAUGUCAUACUUUGUCCGUGUUCCUGAGAGUACUCCACGAGGAGAAUCCUUUCUUACAGUCACUGCUGUAUCAUAUCAAAAGAAAUCCCUGAGCUACAGCUUGCUAACUAAUCCUGGUGGUCUAUUCAGUAUUGAUCGGGCGACAGGAGAGAUCAGUUUAACUCACAGUGUGGAUUAUGAAAGUGACCCACACCAAUAUCUUCUUCUGGUCAGAGCAGAGGAAAGUGAGGAACAGUUCAGUAGUGCAGCUGAGGUGUUGGUUGUAAUCACAGAUGUGAAUGAUUGUGCCCCCGAAUUUCAGCAGUCAAUUUACAGCAAAGUUGGUGUUCCUGAAGCAGUUUCUAUGACAACUGCACUUCUGCAAGUGACAGCCACUGACUGUGAUUCAGAAGAGAAUGCCCAGCUACUCUAUUACACACUGAGUCAAGACUUUAGUAUUACUUCUUAUGGUAUGAUUUUUCCAGCCACGCAGUUGGACUACGAGCGACCUAACCAUCUCUAUGAGUUCAUAGUCAUGGCAGUAGAUCAAGGGGAAGAGCCAAAGACUGGGACAGCAACUGUUAGGAUCCAUGUUUCCAAUGUGAAUGAUGAAGCACCUGAGUUUUCCCAGACAAUCUACAGGAGUUUUGUUGCUGAAGAUGCAGGGCCAAACACCCUGAUUGCUACAGUGAAUGCUGUUGACCCUGAUGGAGAUGGUGUGACCUACGAUAUUCUGUCUGGGAAUCAAAAAGGAAACUUCGUUAUUGACCCUAAGAAAGGGCUAGUCAGACUGCGUUCAAGCCCAUUUCCUCAGCUGCAGGGGACAGAAUAUGUACUCAAUGUCACAGCUACUGAUGACAACGCCUCGGGAGGGCCCCAUCCUCUUACCAGUACUGCCCUGGUUGUUGUGAAAAUUGAUGAUGUCAACAAUAAUAAACCUGUCUUUCAGAAGUGCCAGUAUUACCGGGAACACGCGUCUGUCCUGGAAAACCAGCCACCAGGCACAGUCGUGCUGCAGGUCGGAGCCACUGAUGCUGAUGAAGGAGUCAAUGGUAUAGUGAAAUAUGGCUUGAUGCACAGAGAUGGUGUCCUACCAGCAUUUAGCAUUCAUCCUGACACAGGAGUUCUGACAACUGCUAAGGUAUUUGAUCGAGAAAAACAGAGGGAAUAUCCUAUCACUGUGACAGCAACAGAUCAGGCAGCGGAACCACUCAUUGGAAUAUGUCAGAUCAAUAUUGUCAUCCUGGACCAAAAUGACAAUGACCCCAGAUUUGAAAACACCCACUAUGAAUAUUUCCUGAGGGAGGACACGAGGGUCGGGACCAGCUUUCUGCGGGUGGCUGCCCGUGAUGAUGACUUCGGCUCCAAUGCUGCUGUUACUUACUCAAUAGCAAACGAAGAACCAAAUUACUUACAAAUUAAUCCUACUACAGGUUGGGUGUUUGUGAACCAACCCAUAUCUCAGACAUCAUCUAUAAUUCGAGAGAUCACUGCUACAGAUGGAGGCAAUAGGAGCAGCAAAGUGGAACUUGCAGUAACUGUUACCAGUGCAAAAAACCAACCUCCACAGUGGGAGAGAGACAGCUAUGAAGUUGUUAUUCCAGAGAAUACUACACGAGAUGCCUCUGUUUUGACAAUCAAAGCAACUUCACCCUUGGGUGAUCCCCGUGUGACUUACAACCUAGAGGAGGGACUUGUUCCAGAGACCAACAUGCCAGUUCGUUUCUACCUGACUCCAAACAGACAUGAUGGCUCUGCUUCAAUCCUGGUGGCUGAGCCACUCGAUUAUGAAACAACCAAGAGCUUUCUGCUGAGGGUUCGAGCGCAGAACGUUGCUGCAGUUCCUCUGGCAGCAUUCACCACAGUCCAUGUGAACCUAACAGAUGUCAAUGACAACGUCCCAUUCUUCACCUCAUCCAUUUAUGAAGCCUGGGUGACAGAGGGAGCUGAUGUUGGGACAUUUGUCCUUCAGGUUUCUGCCACUGACCUUGACCUCGGUCAGAACGGUGAGAUAACUUACUCCCUGUUACAUGACAGUGGCAGGGACUACACACAUUUCCGCCUGGACUCGCAGACAGGCUCCAUAUACACAGCCUCAGUGUUUGACAGAGAGAAGAAGGGCUCCUACCUUCUGGAAGUCAAGUCAGUAGAUGGGUCUGAAUCAGCUCGACCUGGAAAACAUGGGAAGCCAAACUCUGACACAGCCUAUGUGCGCGUUUCCGUCAGCGACGUCAACGACAACAAACCUGUCUUUGUCCAAAGUGUCUACGAGGUGAACGUGGAUGAGGACCAGGAUGUUGGCUCCACUGUCAUUACAGUCAGUGCUAACGAUGAGGAUGAAGGAACAAACGCCAAGUUACGGUAUCAGAUGACAGGGGGGAACACAGGAGGAGCUCUCGAUGUAGAUCCAGAAACAGGAGCCAUUUUUAUUGCCCAACCACUGGACUACGAAGAAACAAAAACGUAUGAGAUUCACUUGUUGGCCUCGGAUGGGAAAUGGGAAGAUUAUGCAGUUAUCAUCAUCAAUGUCGUGAACAAAAAUGAUGAGGCUCCAGUUUUCUCCAUCAACGAAUACUACGGGAGUAUAAUUGAGGAGCUGGAUGCGUUGCCAGUGUUCGUCCUUCAGGUCAUGGCUAAUGAUCCUGACAGUGACGUGGACGAAGGAGAUUUGAGGUACUCGUUGCACGGGUAUGGUGCAGCUGAUAUUUUCACCAUAGAUGAGCGAACAGGCAGCAUUUUCUCCCACAAGACGCUGGACCGGGAAGAGAGAGCUCUGUGGAGGUUUAUUGUGCUGGCUACUGAUGAAGGUGGGGGAGGUCUGACAGGGUUUGCCGACGUGAUCAUUAACGUGUGGGACGUAAACGACAACGCGCCCAUGUUCCCUUGCAUGCCUGAUGACUGCAAUGGGAACGUCUUCGAGAACUCUCCUGAGGACACCUUAGUCAUGGAGAUGGCUGCAGUCGAUCGGGAUGAUCCAAACGUGGGUCUUAAUGCUGUCCUGACCUACAGGAUAACGGAGAACGUGAAAAAUGAGUUUGGGACCGACAUGUUUAGUAUCGAUCCCAACACUGGAACGAUCCGUGUCGCAGGGGGAACGCUAGACAGAGAAAGGACUGAGAAUUAUUUUCUCACUGUAGAAGCAAGAGAUGGGGGAGGGCUGACGGGGACGGGCACUGCCACGAUCUGGGUGGCAGACGUCAACGACAACGUGCCUCGGUUCACACAGAGGGUGUGGCAGGCAGCGGUCCCGGAGAGCAGUGCCAUCGACUCGGAGGUGGUGCAGGUGUGCGCCACGGACGCCGAUAUCGGCGAGAACGCGGAGCUGAUGUUCAGCAUCGUCGGCGGAGACCCAGAGCAGAAGUUUUACGUUGAGAAUGACAAGGAAUGGCAGUGUGGCACCAUUCGCCUGAAAAAGAAACUGGAUUUCGAGAACGUGCGUGAAAGACAGUUUAACCUGACUCUCACAGUGGAGGAUCUGGAUUUUUCCAGCAUUGCAGUGUGCCUGAUUGAAGUGGAAGACUCUAACGACCACAGCCCAGCUUUCCCUUCACCCUUCGUUCAGACAAACCCUUUAUUUGAAAACACACCUGUGGGUACUACAGUCACCACAGUGAGAGCUACAGACAAGGACUCUGAUUUGAACGGGAAGGUUCUAUAUUCUAUCAAGCCAGAUUCGGAUCCUAUGAAGCAGUUUGUGGUUGACCAAUAUGGCCACGUGGUUGUGGCCAACACGCUCGAUCGUGAAGUCAUUCCCAAGUACAGUCUGGUUGUCCAAGCUGCAGAUCAGGGGACACCUGCCCGCACAGGAAGUGUCACAGUUCUGAUUAACCUGCUUGAUAUUAAUGACAACGGACCGAGGUUUGAGGCCCCUUACAUGCCUGUAGUCUGGGAAAACAUCCUGAAGCCUGAGAUAGUGUAUAUGAACCAUACAUCAAAGCUGCUCCACGCCUUCGAUCCGGACAGUGAAGAGAACGGGCCACCCUUCACCUUCUCCCUGCCACCAGAUUAUCAGGAUUCUUUGGAUUUUUCUCUCACUGACAACAGAAAUAACACAGCGACUGUGACUGCUUUGAGGUCCUUUGACAGAGAGAGGCAGAAGGUGUUUCAUCUGCCAGUAGUGAUAACAGAUAGUGGGAUUCCUGCUAUGAGCUCUACAAACACCCUGACCAUAACUGUUGGUGAUGAGAACGACAACUGCCACCAGUCUGGCCACAAGGAGGUCUUUGUGUACAGUUACAGAGGAAAAUGGUCAACGACAGUGCUUGGGGAGGUGUUUGCACCCGAUCAGGAUGACUGGGACAAUAAAACAUUUCUCUCUGAAGGAAAACUGCUCAAGUCUUUCAGAUUGAAUCAGAGGACUGGGUCUCUGCUGAUGGUGGAUAACACUCCUCAGGGAACAUACAACUUAAAAGUCAGAGUUUCUGAUGGAGUUUGUCCUGAUGUUAUAUCUACAGUACAAAUCCAUGUCAAAGAGCUGGAAAAUGAAGCCAUACAAAACUCUGCCACUGUGCGUCUGUCAGAUGUCACUGCAGAGGAGUUCAUAAGGAGAGAUGAACAUGGCAAAACGAGACAUGGCAAGUUCAAGGAGUUACUAGCAAAGAUGUUACCUGCAAGGCUCAGUGACAUCAUUGUCUUCAGUGUGAUGAACACAGAUGGCAAACAGACAGAUGUGAGAUUUGCAGUCCGUGAUGGCUCAGCGUACUACAGACCUGAGAAGCUUCAUGCUGAGCUGGCAGCAUUUAAAGCUGAGAUCCAGGCAGCUUUGCAGCUGAACAUCUCCCAGAUCGACGUGGACGAGUGCAGGAGUGCAAACUGCAGCGAGGGCAGUGGCUGUACCAACCACCUCACGGUGAGCGACAUUCCCACGGUGAUGGACACGGGGAGUGUGUCCUUUGUCUCACUCACAACCACCAUCCAUGCACUCUGCACCUGCUCAGCUCGGGACAGAGUCCAUCGCUCCUGCUCCUCCUACCCUGGGAACCCUUGUCUCAACGGGGGGAUCUGUGUGGACACUCUCAAUGGUUACAGGUGCCUUUGUCCUGCCUCGUUUCACGGGCCAGACUGCCAGCAGACUAAGCACAGUUUCCAUGGAAAUGGCUAUGCCUGGUUUCGCCCCAUCAGACCUUGCUUUGAAAGCUCACUCUCUCUGGAGUUCAUUACUGUGGUUCCAGAUGGGCUCUUACUAUACAGUGGUCCUUUGGCCAACCCAGAACCUGGGAGCACAGAAAACUUCAUUGCAAUAGAACUCUCCAGUGGUAUUCCCAUGCUGAAGAUGAGCCAUGGCUCAGGCUUUGUGGUGCUGCAGUUCCCAAGUCAUCUGAAUGUAGCAGACAAGAAGUGGCAUCGACUAGAAGUCAGAACCAAUGGUCAGGACGUUCGGUUCACGCUGGAUCACUGCAGUGCAGCUCUGGUCUCGGAGAUCGAAGGAGUUGGCAAGUGGUUGUCCACUGAUGAUCGUACAAAUUGUGAAGUCUUUGGGUCUGUUCCACGACAAGCAAGGUAUUUGAGUGUGAACCAUGUCCUACAGCUGGGUGGUGUCAAGGAGUCUCUGCCCUACUCCUACCCACAGCUGCUCCACAAACACUUCUCUGGCUGCUUACGCAAUUUUGUAUUGGAUACUCAGGUGUACGACCUUCAGUCUCCUGCAGAGUCCCUGAAUAGCUUCCCUGGCUGCACACUCACAGAUGGGAGCUGUGAGACCAUGGGAUCUUCUUCCUGUGGGAUCCACGGGAGGUGCCUUGGAGACUGGGGCUCGUUCUCCUGCCACUGCCUGCCAGGCUACUACGGCUAUCGCUGUGACAAAGUUGCCAAAGAGUACACGUUUGAGGCAGGAAGCCACAUCCGUUACCAGCUCCCGGUCAGCGUGUCUGCGCGCAGGACUCUGUUCCAGGCCAUGGUCAGGACACGGCAGCCUGACAGUGUCAUCACCAGCAUGUUGUCUCGAAGCAAGGAGGAGCACAUCACCCUGCAGAUUAUUCAGGGACUUUUGGUGGUCUCGUACAACCUGGGUGAUGGAGACUAUUCCCUAAGCCUUCCCUCCUACCACAUUGACAAUGGUGAGUGGCAUCAUAUCACACUGGAGAGAAAUGAAAAUGAAUUUACUCUUCGCCUUUAUGAAGGAGGUGGGAAGAGGGAGAUCCUGAAAGCAGCAGGAACAUACAAGGAGAUUGUGAUUGACCCCAGCAGCUUGGUCCUUGGAAACACCUACCCAUUCAACCAAAACAGAAGUUUUCAAGGAUGUAUGAAGGAUGUCAGAUUUAACAACUACAGAAUCCCUCUGGACACCCACGGGAAGGAGCUGGUGUCAGUGUUGAGUGCCCAGGGUGUCAAGGAGGGCUGUUCUUCGGAGGCCUGUCGGAGCAACCCCUGCCACCAGGAGUUUGUUUGCAUUGAUUUGUGGAUGAUGCACGAGUGCAGCUGCCCCCCGGGGCACAUGGAGCUGGAGAACGGCACGGGCAGGCAGUGCGUGUACACGGCGUGCGCGGCGCGGCCCUGCCACUACGGCACCUGCACCGCCCAGUCCCCCACCAGCUUCCAGUGCCACUGCCCCGACGGCUACGCCGGGCGCCACUGCGAGGUCACGCUGGCCAUCUUCCACAAGGACACAGGCCUCAGCUUCAGCUCCCUCUUCGCCAUCUGCGUGUGCUUCCUGGCGCUCCUAGCUCUGCUCAGUGCUGGGUUCCUGUGGGCUCACUGGAAGACACGCAAGGGUCUGCACGGAGGUGUCUACCAUGGAUCUGUGCAUCAGGAGGACCUGGAGGACAUCAGGGAAAACAUCCUCAACUACAACGAAGAAGGGGGUGGGGAGCAAGAUGAAGAUGCCUACAACAUGGCCGAGCUGCAGGUGUCUAUCCAAGCCAGCUCAGCCUAUUCCCUCUGCCAGAGGACGGAGAGCCCAGCACGGCGGAACGGUCUCGUCAGCGCGUGGGGACACCCCAGGGCAGCAGUGACUGCAGGAGCUGCUUUGCCUAGGGCAGGUUUUGGUGGGUACCUGGCAGGGGUGGUGAGAGAUGCUGACCAGCAGGCCCAGGCCGUGCCCCAGGACUCGCUGCAGGUGUUCUGCACGGAGGGAGGAGGCUCCACCGCUGGCAGCCUGAGCUCCCUGAGCUCCCCUGGGCUGGAGGAAGGCACAGUGUAUGAUGACAUCAAAGAGUGGGGACCAAAGUUUGAGAAACUGAGUGAACUGUACUCGCAGAGGGAUGCAGGAGACCUGUAG